AUGAAGAAGAAGAAGAAGGCCAAGAAGCCGGCGCCCCCCGCGCCUGCUUCCUCUUCUGAUGACAACGACGGCGACGCCGACUACGAGGAAGGCGGCGAGCGCGCGGAGCCGCAGGGCGGCGCCGUCAGGAGGUGCACGCAUUGCCAGAUCGAGAAGACGCCGCAGUGGCGCGCAGGGCCGCUGGGGCCCAAGACGCUCUGCAACGCCUGCGGCGUGCGCUACAAGUCCGGCCGCCUGUUCCCGGAGUACCGCCCCGCGGCGAGCCCCACCUUCGUGCCGUCCAUCCACUCCAACUCGCACAAGAAGGUGGUGGAGAUGCGCCAGAAGGCUGUCCGCAGCGGCGACCCGUCGUGCGACCUCCUGCAGUUCAUCCGCCGCCGGGAUUGA